AUGGAGGCCCGUCCUUCAUUCCUUGAUUAUGCCGCUGUUCUAUGGAUGAGUGCUGUGAUCGUGCAAGCACUGACUCUGACGGUUCGCGCUGCUAAACUUCCUGACAUCUACUGGAACAUGACCAACCCAAUAUUCCGUAUCGACAACACGGAUCACAUCAUCGAUGUCAACCGUGGCAACACGGUAUUCGAAUACGACCAGGUCAACAUCGUGUGCCCGAAACACGACAAGGACGUGCCCGAAGACGAAACUGAGAAAUACAUCAUCUACAACGUCUCGAAAGAAGAAUACGAGACGUGUUCCAUCCGAGAUCUUUCGCGGGCGAAAAUCAUCGCCAAGUGCAACAAACCGCAUCAGAGCAUGUACUUCACAAUCACAUUCCGCUCAUUCACUCCUCAGCCAGGAGGCUUGGAGUUCAAGCCGGGCAAUGAUUAUUAUUUCAUUGCGGCUCCCGAAGAUAUUCGCGAAGGCGAAAACCACUGCCUGACGAAGAACAUGAAGGUCCAGUUCAAAGUUUGCUGCAAGAAAGAGGGUGAUCAGCAGAUCCACCGAGCGAACCCCAGCUCGAGUAGUACGACGACGACGACGACACCGACUCCGAACCCUGACGAGAAUAGCGUCAUCUACCCGUUCUAUCCGGUUCCGCCGACCCAGAAGCCUAUCCGACGCAUUCAUCACAACCGCCACCAUCCCGCGAGUUCGGAAGGAAGUACGGUCGACUACUGGCCCCAAUAUCCGAUCGUGCCCUCGGCGGCUGCGGCCCCCUCGAGUUCGGUGGCACCUCACCGAAAACAUGACUGGCCCCACCACAAGCGAACCCAGCAGCACAAAGUUCCCGAGCGACCAGUGUCCGACGACACGUCCGUAUUCAAGAAGGUCAACAGUAUUGAACGGAAGCGUUUCUGGGAGCGUGCUGGUAAAAAAGAAGGUCUCACGAACCACUCGGAUUGCAGUAUCAGACCUAGCUCGUUCAUAAUUCUGGCCGUUGUGAUCCUCCAUUCCUUGCUCCGGUAA